GUUCCGACAGGGGUUUGAGUCAAGAACCGUCUUUCCCGCUCUUGUUCACUCUCCUAUAAAUGCCUCUUCCUACUGGCACAAGCUCUUCACCACUACUCUUAUUCUUCAGUUAGUUCCCCUAUCGAUAUCAUGAAUAUCAACUACUACGAUCAAGAUAGCAACGAGUUUUGGUCCUUAUUUUCCCAAUCCUUCGCUGUUCCAGACCCUAGAGAUGAGUUCUAUCCUGGGAUAAUAAGCCCAAAACCGGCGAUGCCUAUAUCGAUGGCCGUUGAUGUGCCGGCUGAGCUCUGGAAGGUCCUUGAAGACGGUGAUAAGGAUGUUGGACUGUGGAAUAAUGCUGCAGCCGAAGUUGAUGCUAUCAAGAAUGAUGAGCUGCUUCAAGCCAUAAUUGCUUGGAAACCGAUGGAGGAGGGUAAGGAGAAGGAGAAGGGGAAGGAGAAGGAGAAGGAGAAGGGGAAGGGGAAGGAAAAGGAGAAGGAAGAUGUUUCUGUAGAAGAAACGAUGACUCUUAGUAAGAGACGACGUGGUAAUACUGAAGGUCGUAAUUUGACCGAGAAGAGGAGACGCACUGAUAUAAAUGCCAAAAUUAAAACGCUCAAGGAGUUGACACGCUGUACUGAAAAGGGUUUUUACUACCCCCCUCCCAUGAUGCCGCCAAUGGACAUGGGGAUGGAUUAUCGACCGGGACCAUGGAUGUACCCUUAUAAUUAUGUCCAUCCACAAUACAUGAUGCCUUAUAAUUAUAACCCCUAUAUAUACGGACAAACUAGCGGCUACGGCAACGAAAUGGUACCUGCAGCUGCAGUUCCCACUUAUCAGGGAGUCAACUAUGAACCAGAGACGGCAAACCCUAUGUAAUAAUAAGAGCGGUUCAUGUCUAAGUAUUAAAAGACCGGUGCUCUCAGAUUCUUUAAGAAUGUGGUUUGUUGUGUACUAAAUAAACAAGGCUUGUCCUUCAAAGUUGUUUUAAAAGCUAGUACUGUUGUGGCUUGCUAUGUUGUCGUU